ACGAUUCCACAUCACUCCCACAACAAUUCAGCUAACUCGAUAACUAUCCUUCUCAGAAAACCCCUUUUAAGACUUCAAAACCUUUCAUUCAAAAAUGUCGGGUCGUGGAAAGGGAGGCAAGGGUUUAGGCAAGGGAGGAGCCAAGCGUCAUCGUAAGGUUCUCCGUGAUAACAUUCAGGGUAUCACAAAGCCAGCAAUUCGUCGUUUGGCCCGUAGGGGUGGAGUUAAGCGUAUCAGCGGUUUGAUCUAUGAGGAGACCCGUGGUGUUCUCAAGAUCUUUUUGGAAAAUGUGAUUCGCGACGCUGUGACUUACACUGAGCACGCCAGAAGAAAGACCGUGACGGCCAUGGAUGUGGUCUACGCGCUCAAGAGGCAAGGCAGAACCCUCUACGGUUUCGGAGGUUAAGUUGUUAGAUGGUGGUUGUUUCAGGAUUUGGUUGUUGGACGGCUGAUUGUUAAUAGAUCUUGUCUCUAGAUCUAGAUCUGAUUACUAUGAUAGUUAUUUUGUCAGUAGCGUUGUGAUUCUGUAAUUCUCUGUUACAUGUUUUUAUGGAAUCAAUAUAAAUUUUAAUUUCCUUGAAA